GUUAUUUAGUUCAAAAUAAACGCUAUUUAAGCCAAAGAAUUAAGAAUUUGUUACACAAAUCUUGGGAUAUUUAUGAAACUCGAAAGAUUUGGGAAUUCGAUGUUUAAUUAGUAAAAUCACACGAUUCAAUUGUGAAUAUCCCUUGUAGCCGGCGUCAUUAAAACAGCUGAUUUUUAGUCGCUCGUCUUGCAAACAGUCCUUAGUUUUUGUUAUUUAAAGCUGCCAGAAAUUAUUAAAGGAAAUAUGAGGGAUAUUGAGAUCUUAGAUCCUAGAAAUCUGGUGAAGAACCGUGAGAUACUUUACAGACUCAUUAUUAGUCAAUUGAUGUACGAUGGCCUGGAAAAAUUCGCAAUGGAACUAUCUAUGCUAGUAAAAGCAGACGAAUGUGCUCCUAGUGAACGUUUGCUACAUGUUAUGAUUGCUGGCAUGCAAGCCACCAAUGAGAAACCUAUUGCACCCAAAGACGAUGUGUUGCCAGGAAUCGAUUUGGAGUUUGAGCCUGAAGCAUCUGCGCUUGCGCCCGAGCCAGCUUCCUAUGAAACUGCUUAUGUAACCUCUCACAAGCAAUCUUGUCGUGCUGGAGCUUUUAGUCACGAUGGUACACUAGUUGCCACAGGUAGUGUAGACGCAAGUAUAAAAAUUUUGGAUGUUGAACGUAUGCUGGCUAAAUCAGCGCCUGAAGACAUAGAGCCGGGAAGAGAACAACAAGGCCACCCUGUUAUACGUACACUUUAUGAUCACACAGAUGAAGUAGCUUAUUUAGAAUUUCAUCCCAAAGAGCAUAUAUUGGCUUCUGGUUCUCGCGAUGGUACUGUAAAGCUUUUUGAUAUAGCAAAACCUUCAGUUAAAAAGGCACAUAAGGUCUUUACCGAUUGUGAGCCAGUCACGUGCUUAUCAUUUCAUCCUACCGGCGACUAUAUGGCUAUCGGGACGGAACACUUUGUGCUGCGCUUAUAUGAUGUACAUACCUCGCAAUGUUUCGUAAGUGCUAUACCAUCUCAACAACACAAGGCAGCAGUAACAUGUGUUAAAUUUGCGCCAACGGCAAAAUUGUACGCCACAGGAAGUUUGGAUGGUGCAAUAAAAAUAUGGGAUGGUGUAAGUGGCCGAUGUAUUAAUACAAUACCAGAUGCACAUGCAGGUGCAGAAAUAUGUUCUUUGGAAUUCACAAGAAACGGAAAGUACUUACUCUCCUCGGGAAAAGAUUCUUUGGUCUAUUUGUGGGAGCUAUGUACAAGCCGACCAGUACAAACGUACACUGGCGCUGGAACUACGGGCAAACAGGAGCACAACACACAAGCGGUUUUCAAUCAUACUGAAGACUAUGUUCUUUUCCCUGAUGAAGCGACUACUUCUCUAUGUUCCUGGAAUUCUCGUAAUGGUGGUCGUUUGAAUUUAAUGUCUUUGGGCCACAAUGGUCCAGUACGAUUUAUUACACAUUCGCCAAACUCACCGGCAUUCUUAACAUGCUCAGACGAUUUUCGCGCACGGUUUUGGUAUCGGCGUUCAACGAAUCAGUAAAAUAUCCAAAUAUCUAUAACCACAAGGAUAACGCCGGUAAAUGACGAAAUGAAACUCUUAGUUUAACAUUCUAUAUAAACUGUAAGCAUCUGAGAAAUAAAUAAAUCUAAUUUAAACUCCUAGCUUUUGGUUAAGAGUCUCACUGUUGUAUGAUAA